CUUCACGCGACUUGGUCCCUUCGCCCCGGUCCCCAGCGCCCCCGCGCUCAGCGCUCUUGCGCUCUCGCGUUUGGCACUCGCAGCCCAGAGGUCGCGGCCUCCGGACCCCCGAGGCUCGCCACCCGCGCAGCCGGGGCAUGUAGCCUCGCGGGACGCACCCCGUCCUGCUCGCUCGCCGACACACGCACGCACACAGGCACGCGCCAGCGGCUCAGAGUUCGCAGCUCGUGGCGUCGGACAUGCUGAAGCCGGGGGAGCCCGGCGGCUCGGCCUUCCUCAAGGUGGACCCAGCCUACCUGCAGCACUGGCAGCAGCUCUUCCCGCACAGCGGCGGCGGCGGCCCGCUCAAGAGCAGCGGCGCUGCGGGUCCCCUGGGCCUGCCGGUGUUCGCGCCCUUGGCCGCCGCCGUGGCCGCUGAGCCGCUGCCCACCAAGGACCUGUGCCUGGGCGCCGGCCCCGGGCUGGGGCCCGCCAAGUGCGGCGGCAGCGGAGGCCACGGCGGGGACCGGGACGGCCGGGGCGCCCCGCGCUUCCGUUGCAGCGCCGAGGAGCUGGACUAUUACCUGUACGGCCAGCAGCGCAUGGAGAUCAUCCCGCUCAACCAGCACACCGGCGACCCCAACAACCGCUGCGACAUGUGCGCCGACCACCGCCACGGCGAGUGCCCCAUGCACGGCCCGCUGCACUCGCUGCGCCGGCUCGUGGGCACCAGCAGCGCCGCCGCCGCCGCGCCACCCGAGCUGCCCGAGUGGCUGCGGGACCUGCCGCGGGAGGUGUGCCUGUGCACCAGCACCGUGCCCGGCCUGGCUUACGGCAUCUGCGCAGCGCAGAGGAUCCAGCAGGGCACCUGGAUCGGGCCCUUCCAGGGAGUACUGCUGGCCCCAGACAAGGUGCAGGCGGGCACUGUGAGGAACACGCAGCAUCUCUGGGAGAUAUAUGAUCAAGAUGGGACACUACAGCACUUUAUUGAUGGUGGGGAACCUAGUAAGUCGAGCUGGAUGAGGUAUAUCCGAUGUGCAAGGCACUGUGGAGAACAGAAUCUAACAGUAGUUCAGUACAGGUCGAAUAUAUUCUACCGAGCCUGUAUAGAUAUCCCCAGGGGCACCGAGCUUCUGGUGUGGUACAAUGACAGCUAUACGUCUUUCUUUGGGAUCCCCUUACAAUGCAUUGCCCAGGAUGAAAACUUAAACGUCCCUUCAACGGUCACGGAAGCCAUGUGCCGGCAGGACGCCCUGCAGCCCUUCAGCAAGAGCAGCAAGCUCUCCCCAGCCACCCCGCAGCGAUCCGUUGUUUUCCCACAGACUCCGUGCAACCGAAACUUCUCGCUCCUGGAUAAGUCUGGGCCCAUUGAGUCCGGAUUUAACCAGAUCAACGUGAAAAACCAGCGAGUCCUCGCAAGCCCGACCUCUACCAGCCAGCUGCACUCGGAGUUCAGUGACUGGCACCUCUGGAAGUGCGGGCAGUGCUUUAAGACUUUCACCCAGAGGAUCCUCCUGCAGAUGAACGUGUGCACGCAGAACCCCGACAGACCCUACCAAUGUGGCCACUGCUCCCAGUCCUUUUCGCAGCCUUCGGAAUUGAGGAACCACGUGGUCACCCACUCCAGCGACCGGCCUUUCAAGUGUGGCUACUGUGGUCGCGCCUUUGCUGGGGCCACCACCCUCAACAACCACAUCCGGACCCACACUGGAGAAAAGCCCUUCAAGUGCGAGAGGUGUGAGAGGAGCUUCACACAGGCCACCCAGCUGAGCCGACACCAGCGGAUGCCCAAUGAGUGCAAGCCAAUAACCGAGAGCCCAGAAUCAAUCGAAGUGGAUUAACUGAUUGACUGGUUGGAAUUAAACUGCAAGGAAAGUCAUGAUUAAAUGUCACGGACACUUAAGCAAAACCAAAGAUUUCCUCUGAGCAACUUUCAAUCAGUCCCAGAAAACCAAAAGCAGUAAUAAAAUAAGUAAGAUGUUAAGAGAUAUUGAUCCUGGCGUGGAAGUCAGACCAGGAAAGAGAUUAUUUAUUUAUGACUAGGGAUAAACUGAUUUCAGUGGACAGCUACCCUGGGAUGGCUCGCGUUUCCAGUCCUACCGUAUGUUUGCUUUGUUUCUAAAAAGCUUUUUAAAAACUGUUAUUUAAUACCAAAGGGAGGAAGUGAGUGGGUUCCUCUACCCACAUUGUAACUAAGACUGCACAGGGCCUGGGUUUUCGCUGCACCUUUUAAUAGCAUGUUCCAAGGAGACCCGUGGUACAGUCCUUCCUGCUGCUCUGCUUCUGGCCUGGCCAGCCUGGGCAGAUGCUGGCUGCACGGCAGGGACUGCAGCAGCCAGAGCGUGGCCAGGCAGUGCCACCUGCAGCCCAAGGCAGCUUGUUCAGCGCCCCUCCUCGUGUGCACUUUCCCGCAGCUCCUUCCACCCAGCAGCCACGUCUUGAUGCAGGAGAGCCAGAAAAAGGAAGAGACCAGUUUCAGUUUGAAAAUUCAAAGGAAAAUGCAGGGACUUCGUCCUGUCAAGAUUUCAAAAACAUUUCAAAUGUAUGGAGCUUCAUAAUACAGUAUAUUGUUCCGAAGCAGCUAGUUGAGAAAAUUUUGUUUUCAGUAACAUUUUAGCUUAAAAAAAAAAAAAAAAUGGAAAUAAAGUUCUUUGGUUUGAGGCUAAAUGUAAGGUGUUAGCCUUCAAGUAAUUUUUUUUUUGUUUCUGUGCAGCUGUUGAGUGUGUGUACAGUCAGCACCCAGGCCAUUGUCACGGUGGUUGUGGUACAAGGGGCUUCAUCAUCUUUACUUGUGUAGGAGCAGUCUACGCAUCCUCUUUAUUCACUGCUGAGCACAGCAGAAGCACUUCUGCAGAAAUGGCCAAAGAACAUUGAGAGGUGGAGACACAGAGAGGGUUGUGUUUGACCAGACUGCCUAGGACCAGCUGGUUUUAUCAAUAGGAGUUGUCUGUUUCUCUCUUGAGACUGGGUAAUCAAAACAAUUGUAUACCCAAUUUCACUGUUCUUUGAUUGAGUGCUUGGAAAGUGAGUUCAGUUUCAGCUAGCUUCCUGGUGGCUCAGCAGCCGUGCUCAGAGAACUCAGUCGUAUUCUGUGGAGUCAUCCGCGUUGGGGUAAACGUGAGCCCUGCAGCUGUAGGGCAGUUCCUCUCAGAAGCAGAGUUUAGCUCUGUGGCCAGUUGGAAUCAAACAGAAUUAAUUUGUGUAGAAUGCUUAAUAAGAAGCUCUGUUUGUAGGUUU